AUGAGCCAAUUCGAAACAAAUUCUUAAACUUAAAUUCCAUUCCAGGAAAGAAGCAAACCAAAUUCUAAUCGAUAAUUAGGAGGAUCCAAUUUCUAAAAUGGAUAAAAUCUAAAAACUAUUGAUCAAAAUGAGUAAUCCCAUUAUAUGUAACCUUAGGUUUAUUCCGAUGAGAUCUUCUCAAACCAAUAAGUAAGAUAUUUAUAGGAUGUAGUUAUGGAUAAUAGUAAAAUAUUCCUCAAGUAUAACAAUAUCCUCAAUUCAAUUACCCUGUGAUGGGAUAAUAAACUAUGAAAGAAUAAGAACAUGAAGAAUAAAUCCAAAGAUUAAUGAAGGAAAAUGAAACAUUAAGGUAUGUUAUAAAUAGCAAUUAGAUAUUAGUGGAGAUCCUUAGAGUAGGAGAACUAAAAGUUGAAAAACGAUAAGUAUAAAAUCUGAGUAUAAUAGUAAUCAAUUAAAUAAUAGAGACAAGAGUAAUAAUGCAGAAAUAUAAGGAUUUCAGUAUGAUAUAAAUGAAUAUUCUAGGGAUUAAAUACUACAAUUAAAAAAUGAAAAUAAGAGAUUAAUGAAUACAAUUUAAGAAGAUCAAUAUUAGCUUUUAGAUUUAUAAAAAUUAAAGAAGUAAGUAGAACUAAAUAAAGGACUUGAAAAUUAGAUAUCUGAUCUUGAAUAAUAGCUUUCAAUAGCUAAUAAGCAAUUAUAAGAAUAAAAAAGAUUAAAUUCUUUUUCAGAUAGUGAGAUAUAGACUUAAAAAGAAACAAUAGAGAAAUUGAAACAAUAGCUUAAAGAGUUAACUUUAAAUAAUGAUGGACAAAGUUAAAAGAAUGAAUCUCUCUUAAAUGAUAAUAGAAAAAUGAAAUAAGCAUUAGAUAUGAUUAAUAAAGAUUUGAUAAGUGAAUAAGAUUAAAACAAAGUAUUGAUUUAAAAAAUCAAUCAAUUAAACUAAGGAUCUAAAGAUUAGAUUAAUAAUCUAUAAAAAAAUCUAACAAAUCUUAAUUUUUAGAAUGAGCAAUUAAAAAAUUAAGUGAUUCAGCUCUAAUAAAAAGAAAAAGAAUUAUAAAAUUUAUAGAAUUUAAAUAUUUAAAAUGAAAAUAAAAUAAGACAGAUGUAAUAAUAAAUUUCUGACUGUAUUUUUAUAUAUAAAUUUUAGAAUAAAGAUAAAUUGAUCAAUAUCUAAUUACAAUAUAAACAGGAAAAAAUGAAUAUUAAAAGUUAGCAACAAAAAGUUAAUCAUAAGAAUAAGAAAUAUGGAAAAUGAAAGAAUAACUCAAUCAAUUAACUACACAAAAUUAAAUGUUAUAAAAUAAGUGUUAUCAACUUGAAAGAACUAUUGAUGAUAGUUUAUCAAAAUCACAAAUUUAAUCUGCUGAUCUUAAAGGAACCCUUGAAAAAUGGAAAAACUAUGGAUUAUCACUAGAAUAAGAAAUUAAGAAAAGAGAAAUGGCUUUAUUACAAUUAGAAAAUGAAUAUGUACAUAUGCAAAGUCAGUUAAAAGGUGCUUAAGAUAAUGAAGUUCAACUAAGAAAUGAAAGAGCAGUUACAAUAUAAAAAAUGAAAGAAAUGCAUGAUGAUUUACUACUCUAUGAAAAAAAAUGUGAUUAAUUAGAAAGAGGUAAAAUUAUUUAGAAAUUUAGAAUUAUUACAAUUUUAAGAGUAAAAUAAAAAUAUCUAGCAAAAUUAAGAUAGAUUAGAAUAAGAUAAAUAGUAAUUAAAUUUUGAAGUGAAAAAUUUAAUGGAAGAAUUACUUAGAACUUAAAAUUAAAAUGAUUUGAAACUUAGAGAUUUUGAUAAUUUAUAAAUGAAACUUGAUUCUGAUAAUAAUGCUAAAGAUAGGGAAGUUUAGAAUUUGCAAUUAUAAAAUAGUAUGCUCUAAGAUAAAAAUAAUUAAUUGGAAAAUGAUUUAGCUAAUAAAAAGGUAUUUAUUUUUUAUCUAUAAAUAUUAGGAACAAUUAUUUCAAAUGGAAUCUAGAAUUAGGAAUUUAGAAGGUGAAAUUCAUAAUCUCUAAUUUAAAUAAACUCUAAAAUAAUAAUAUUAAUGGAAUUAAGAAACUCCAACUAAUAAUAAUAACAAUUUGAUAGAAUUAACAGAGAAUAGCCAAAUUUAUUCAGGAAUUAACCAACCUUAUUCUAAUCAUUCAGGAUAUUUGAGUCCUUAAUAAAAUAAUUAUGGAGCUCAUAAGUCUUAAUUACAAAAACCAACAGAAGUGUAAAAUGCUCCUUCUCAAGUUAAUUAAUUUCCAGAUCAUAGACGUACUAAUUCUUAGCAGCUUAUUAAAAGUAAAAAUUACGAUUUACGAUUCUAAAAUCAACCACAAAACUAAUAACAUUGA